CUCGCACACGGACGUUGUCGAAACCACAAUAACAAUGUUGAUUAAUGUGUAACUUACAUUAUUAUUUGUGGACGCGUAACGGUGUAAAGUUUGAUAUGUCACCUUGAAAUAUAUAUCGAAACUACAACUUUGCUGACGUGGGAUUUUUUUGUGACGAUAAUUAUUUUUUACCAGCUCUAACCAAUUGCUAUUUACUUCCGCCAUUUCCGCAUUGCGUCAAUGGUUGUGUUAGCGUGUAGAGCCACGCGGUUUCUCAUUUUGUGUUUUAAUUGCGUUAUUUUUGUAUAUUAGAUAUAUUGUAAGAUUGAAAUGAGCUCUCAAAAAGGAAAUUGUUCCCGUUCUCGAGGUCAAAAACAUCAGAAUGCGACUGCAUUUAGAAAUGACAAAUACGGUGCAAGCGUUCAAGUUAAGAAAGCCAAAGCAAAGGUUCAUGAUGGUCUGUGUCAGCGCUGCAAAGAUGUCUUGGAGUGGAAAGUCAAGUACAACAAAUAUAAGCCCCUUACACAGCCCAGAAAAUGUGUGAAGUGUCUUCAGAAAACUGUGAAGGAUGCCUAUCAUAUAAUAUGUAAGCCGUGUGCACUCAAGUUGGAGCUUUGUGCCAAAUGUGGAAAGAAGGAAGAGAUUGCCAUUCCAAUUGACCAAGAGCUUGAAGAAGGAGGGGAGGAGGACAACAACAGACAAGAUAAAGGGAACAGGCAGGAAGAACAAGAUGAAGAUUUUGAUGACUUUGACUCUAACGAUAGUGACUGUAAUAGUGAUACAGAUGCAAAAGUAAAGUAAAGCUGCUGUAUUCAUAUUCAACACCCAAAAACAGCGUUUCUGAUAAAAUCUGAAGCUGGCAUUUGGACAUGUACUCACCUGUUCACCUGCUUUUAAUUACACAGAGAAUCCCUUGAGACCUUUUGACUGUGCGUGGUGUUUGUUUCCGAACUAUUCUCUGUGUUAUUGCAAGAACUGGAGAAAUCAUUACAUGCAUCUAUUUUAAAUAGAUGGUUUUUCUUAAUCAGUAGAUUUUGUCUUCACAAACCUGUGGGUGAGAUUUAUAUUAAUUUGUGGCGUUAAAUGAUUGCCUCAUUGAGCAAGUAAGUAAAAUGACGGUGUUGUGUAACUGUAAAUAUGCAGUGCUUUGGUUUUGAAAGUAUUAUGAUUGUGUGAGAAGUUAUGCACAGCAGUGCUGUUCAAACAAGUUAUUUGAAUAAACCCUAACUGGGAAAUUUUUUCAGACACAGUGAACACAUAGGACAGUUUCCUGGACAGGGUUUAGAUUAAUCGGUACUAGGCUUUUGGUUGUUUUUACAAAUCUUACAAGAAACGUUACUGUUGUGCAUUUUAAGACAAACAAUGGCGCAGAUGCGUGUAGAGAUAUGUCAGUGCAAGAUCAACUUUUUUAAGUUAAGUCUGAGUCAUGCAUUUUAGUCUGAGACUGUUAUAAGCCCUGUCUGGGAAACCGCCCCAGUGUCUAUGUUUUAUUAAAAACACCCAUCUGCGUAACACUAGAAGUGACUUCGUAAAAGUCAGUAUUUCUUUGUUGUCUAUAGAUUCAUGCAGACGUAUGCAUACAAACGUUUGAUUAAAAGAGUGACCAGUAACACAUGUUCAAUCAG